UAGUUUUUUUUCAUACAGGUUGAAGUUGUGCCAGUUCGCCCUGGAUGUUCAGAGCCGCGUUGAAUCGUUUUCAGAGUAAAUGGAAAUCCUAUCGACACAGGUUUGUCCCUUGGAUCGCACUGAACUUGUCGAAAAAUGAGAAGACUCUGCGAAAGGUGAAGGGGCGCAGCCAAGAUAAACUGGUUCCAGACGAGGACGUGUCCAAAAGCCUCCUGCGGCUUUUUUGGGUCCUUCACAGAGGAAACAACGCUCAAGCUGCCUCUGCCUUAGUAUUUAGUGAUCAUGAAGAGUUUAAGACGGAGACAAUGUGUGCACACGACGCCAUGCUACAAUCUCUGGGAUUUUGCAUUAAAAGGAAGCAAAGUACUUUGCCUUUUGCAGGAACUGGAGUAUUUGUCACAAGAGGGGUUGUUCCUAAAGGAGCCACAGUAGCCAUGUAUCCCGGGACAGUAUAUCAGGCUUAUGAACCCAUUCUUCUACAGUCCAUCCGAAACCCGUUUGUUUUCAGGUGCAUUGAUGGAGUUCUAGUGGAUGGGAAUGACAAGGGCAUCUCCAAAAUGGUGUUCAGGUCUUGCAGUGGCAGGGACAGACUGGGGCCUUUUUUGAUCAGUGACACAAGUUGGUUAACAGCAAACCCGUCAAACCCUCUAGCCGUGGGACAAUAUGUUAACAACUGUUCCAAUGAUAAGUCUGCCAAUGUGUGCUAUCAGGAAUAUGAUGUGCCCAAUAGUUUCCCCCUGGAGCUCAGACAGUAUUUGCCUAAUGUCAACUACAGUCAGGACACCCAUCAGAGGCCUUUACGCUGCGUGGUUUUAGUAUCACUCAGAGAAAUAGCAGCUGGAGAGGAACUCUUGUCUAACUAUUAUACUAUUAUACAUUAAUUUGGGUGGC